AUGUGGUCACUCCGACAAACGAGAUUAAUACGCCCACCAGCGGGGAUUGAUCCCUCUGCACCUCGGGAAAGGGAUCCAUGGUAUGUAUACAAACUGGCUGCAUUUGUGUCCCUAGGGGCAUUGCUAUUUGGCUACGACCAAGGAGUGAUGGGUGUUAUUGUUGCCGACCAACGGUUCAAAGAUUUAAUGCAUCCUAAGAAUUCAUGGGUAACCGGUGCUAUCGUUUCAAUGUACGAUGUAGGCUGCUUCAUUGGCGCCAUGUCUACCGGUAGUCUUUCGGAUCGGUAUGGCCGUGAGAGGAUGUUGGCUAUUGCGAGUAUCGUCUUUGUUAUCGGUGCAGUCUUGCAAGCUGCGUCAUACACGGUUGUCCAAAUAAUAAUUGGCCGUAUCGUCUUAGGCUAUGGUGUCGGAGGAUGUGCGGCAGGGGUACCAUUAUAUCAAUCGGAGAUCGCUCCUCCAACCCUCCGAGGAAGGUUGAUUGGCAUAGAGCAAAUGGUUCUAUGCACUGGUGAGUUGUGUGCGUUUUGGAUGAACUAUGGGUUCAACUACCUACCAACAAAAGAUUGGUGGCGCAUUCCCUUGGCGAUCCAGAUUCUCCCCGCUAUUGUUCUGGGGAUGGGCUGCUGGUUCUGGGUCUUGCCAAGUCCACGAUGGCUUGUCACUCAGGACAGACAUGACUGUGCUCGUGAGGUUCUAGUUAGAUUACAUGGCCCAGAGGCUGCAGCGACAGAACUCGAGCAGAUCCAGGAAACAAUGCGCCUGGAGAAACACACAAAAGCAUCCUGGAGAGGAAUGUUUAAAAUCCCUAUCCUGCGGCUAACUCUCCUUGGUUGUGGGAUUCAAGGCUUCCAGCAAGUUACUGGGACAAAUUCAAUACUUUACUACACGCCGACAUUAUUCGAAAAGGGGGGUAUCACCGAUCCACGCACCGCAAACCUGGCGACAGGAGGUGUCGGGAUCGCACAGUUCGUCAGUGCAUGGAUACCCAUCUUCUUCUUUGACCGUCUGGGGCGCAAGGUAUGGCUCCAGAUCGGAACCGUAGGGAUGAUGUUGGCCAUGGUCGGGAUCGCAGUAUUGCAAUGGCGUGCGGGUGAGAGCCCUGGAUCAAAGGGAAAUUAUGCCAUCGUGGUCUUUCCCUAUCUAUUCUAUAUCUUCUUUAACAUUAGCUGGGGUGUCGCAGCGUGGACAUAUCCGUCAGAAAUAUUCCCACUGUCCAUGCGUGCGAAGGGCAACGCACUUGCAACAUCCGCUAAUUGGACCAUGUGCUAUAUCGUUGCCCAGGCCUCGCCACCCGUUGCAGAUGCGAUCGGGUGGGGUCUGUACGUUGUUUAUGCUGCUAUAUGCGUAAUCGCUUUGGCUUUUGUCCGCUUUGCGUUAGUUGAGACAAGGAAUCGGUUACUCGAGGAUAUGAAUCGGCUUUUCGGCCUGGAAGACUAUUUCGCAGAAGGUGAAGCUGCCGCUGCGGAGCAAAUCUUUGUAGUGAAAGAUGCAUCGGUGGAGAAUGUUGAAGAAAGUAAUCAUGUUGCAGGUCCGUCAUAG